GAAGAACUUGCGGGAGGAGGACCGAGACGCUUUGAUCAUCUACGAAACGCAGGGAUUCCAGGUGGUGCCGCUGAUAUGGGAGCCUUCGAAGGAGAUAGGUUUGUUGCAGAAGCACUGGUGCUGGAUCCAGAUGCAAAUGCUCCCGAAUGCGGCUGGUGGAAACAUAUUGCUCAUUCCACAUGUUGGUAUACACACUCUAUGACGACCAAUUCGCAGAUGGAUGGUCAGUGGCAUCAGCGAAUCCCUAGAGAGAAAGUUCUGGGGUGCAGGAAAUGGAAGAUCGGCGAUUGAUUAUGCGUGGAUCCAAGCUACGGGAGCUGAAGCAGAUCGUGCUGAUGGUCUACACUCCUAGCUUUGCGUAAUAGAUUGGUCGAAGUACUACGAGUCCAUGCCGCUGCGAGAGUUAGUGGAAGUGCAGGCGAAUUGGCAUACCAACGUGCUGGCCAAGAUAGUGAUGAAUACGUGGUGUGGUCCUAGAACCAUUCGCAGUGGGCGCAACCACUCGCUGCAGCCCCUCCACGCGACGAACGGCCUUCCUGCAGAUGAUUGCAAUGCGGAUCCGGCCAUCAAAGUUCACGCCGAGUUCGAGAUGGACAUUUUUGUGGCGCGGUGCUUUACGAUCGAACCCCUCAAGUACAUCGAUGGCAGUGCUAUUGGGAACUGCCCUUCGGAUAUCACCACAGCAAAGCGUACGGCUGUGGAGUCAAUGCAAGAGUUUAAGGCAGCGUCCGGCAAGCUGAACGCGGUGCUGAACUAAGAAGGAGUCGUUCGUGGUUUCUUGUGUGGUGCUGGGGUAUCCCAUAUGUGAUGGAGUCGGAGUUCCACGUGCCGCAUUCAAGAAUAGCGUCGCAUGUCUUGGGGUUGAUGAGAGCUCGGGCAUCAAGGCGUCCCCGAAGGAGUCCCGGCAUAAGCAGGUAAGUAGGUUUGAGGGUUCCAAGCGUAGGCUGGAGUGUCUCCUGCUAGCAGUUUUGGAAUCGAGGUGAUUGGCUUGAGCCAGCGUGAAUGGAUGACCCACCAACGGCUCCACAGCAGCACCGUUUCCCCAUCUCACAGAGGCAUCUCGUUGCAUGCGAAAUUGGUCAUGGCAGGUCUUCCCAGCUUGAGCUUCGCAGUAGCACUUGCGAUACAGUGGUGCAGAAUGAUUUUCGUCUGCCGCCGCCCAACCUGAGACAGUGCUAGUCAGCUGUUUUGAGCUCUCAGGCUUUGGAAGUCGGCCAGACCUUUGGAGCCAGGGUCCUGGAGGUCCUCCCGAGGCCCGUUGAGCUGCGCGGUGCUGGCGCUCUCUAGUGCGGGCUGGGAGGUCGUAGGUCCCCUAGAGCUGCGGGGUUACAACGGUCUAGCUGGAUGAAACUCUGUCUGCGCCUCUGGCGGGCCAGCUUGAGACAGGCAUCAAGCGGUCUCACGAACUCAC